GGUCCUUAUUUAUCAUUUGGCGCCUUCAUGUUGGAAGAGGACAGAAUAGUGAAGUGAAAAGUGAACCCAAGCGGUUAGCGUUGGUUUUGUUAGAUUUGUGUGUGUUGCCAAGAAGAGGCUAAAAUAUUUGAAUUUUGUGUUGAUUCAUUAUAAAAAAUGGCUGGAGGUAAAGCAGGAAAGGAUUCCGGAAAAGCUAAGGCGAAAGCUGUUUCACGUUCUGCUCGUGCUGGAUUACAGUUUCCUGUCGGAAGAAUUCACAGACAUUUGAAAAAUCGUACUACGAGUCAUGGACGUGUAGGGGCCACCGCUGCUGUUUACUCUGCAGCAAUUUUGGAAUAUCUAACUGCCGAGGUAUUGGAAUUAGCAGGAAAUGCUAGUAAGGAUUUGAAAGUGAAGAGGAUCACCCCUAGACAUUUGCAGCUAGCCAUCAGAGGAGAUGAAGAACUCGACAGUUUAAUCAAAGCAACCAUAGCCGGUGGUGGUGUAAUCCCUCAUAUCCACAAAUCUUUGAUCGGCAAGAAAGGAGCACACUCUCAACCGGCUUAAGUGUUUAAAGUUGUUCUCAUAAUUAAAACUAUAGACAUUUGGCAAGUGCGCCAAUGAUGUGUUUUAAUAUUGUUGGGCACAUAAUCAAUUGUAAAUGUGUUAAGAAUUAUAGUUGGUCUGAAUUUUGAUUACUAAAGUUUUCAUUUCACGAUGAAUAGAAUAAAUUUGUUUUAAUGUGCCUUGAAAUAAGAUUUUUUUCACAGAUUAAGAUUUUUAAUGUAUUAUUAUUACUAUAUGACUUGAUGACAUUUAUGUGGAUGUUGUCGACGUUUGUGUUCAUUUCAUAAUAAAGUACUUUUCCUAA